CAUAUCCCCAACAUGCCCCCCGCGAAUUCAUCGCGCAGACUGAGCAAUGACUUGUUGCAGUCUCAGGGCUUCAUUGGGUCUGUAGCGCGCUUUUGGCAGCGCUCAUACGCCUCAGAUUAUGUUGGCCUUGCUAUGCUGAUUGCCGGAUGGAUAGUGAUCCAAUUCUUCGGCGACCCUUUCCACCGCAUGUUCUCCCUAGACAAUCUCGCCAUUCAAUAUCCCCACGCCGAAGUCGAGCGCGUCUCAGUCUCAUGGCUCUUCGUUUACGCCGGCGCCAUUCCCCUGGGCAUACUCGUAGCCUGGGCCCUCAUCUUCCGCCCCGGAACCCACAAAGCGCACGUCACGAUCCUUGGCUGGUUCAUCUCGCUCCUCCUCACAACCUUUAUAACGGACCUGGUCAAAAACGCCGUCGGACGCCCUCGUCCCGAUCUCAUCGCGCGCUGCAAGCCCGCACCAGGCACACCCGACCACCAGCUCGUCACGUUUGAAGUCUGCACCGAGAUAAACCACCACGUUCUGCACGACGGUUGGCGCAGCUUCCCGUCAGGUCAUAGCAGCUUCUCCUUCAGUGGCCUCGGUUAUCUGGCUCUCUUCCUCGCGGGCCAAUGCCACGUCUUCCGUCCCCGUACUGAUCUUGCUCGUGUUCUACUGGCGCUGGCGCCGCUGCUUGCUGCUGCUCUCAUUGCUAUUUCCCGCUGCGAGGACUACCGUCAUGAUGUUUACGAUGUUACGACGGGAUCUUUACUGGGGCUGCUCGUCUCGUAUUAUACGUAUCGUAGGUAUUUCCCGCCAUUGCGCAGUGCGAAGUGCGCAACGCCGUACUCGAACCCUGCGGAUGUGGUGGGUGGGGGGCUGAGGGCGAAGGAUGACGAAGAGGAGAGAAUUCGCGGCGUUAAUGAAUUUGAGUUGGAGGAUAGUGAAGGCAGGGAGGACGAGGAUGAAGACCACAGGUUGUUGAACAAUCGGAGAUGA